CGUAUGCGUGCGGGUGGGCCGGUCGCGCGAGAGACGAGUUCAGUUCGUUUUACCGUCGGGCACCGCGUGCGGUUUUUGCUCGGCCGUCGUCGUCGCAUUCGUUGUUUUUUCGUUCCGUCGACUUUUCGAAAUUUCGUUCUACCACUCGGCCGAUAACCACGUGCGAAUCCAAAAAACAUAAGGUUAAAAUAAUAAAACGUAUUAUGCCCACCUGUUAUGUAGAAAAAUUUUCUUUUUUUUUUUUUUUUGAAACCCACCGUGAACUUCCGAUAAAUUGACAACAUAAUAUUCAUUUAUCGUUUGUUUUCAUCUUGAUUUUGGACUAAUUUUUCCCAGGACGUGAUCGUACAGCCGAUAUAGAUUAAAAUAUAUCGAAGAGUUAUGGACGUUUAACAGAAAAUUGCUGUCUACUCGUUUGGUGGCUACACAAAGAUCAUUGUUGAAUAAUUAUCCAAGCGCAAUUAGUAUACAAAGCCGCUCAUUAUGUAGAAGUUUAACCCACGUUAGGUCAUCCAAGAGUGUUGCACCCCUUGGUUUAUGAUUACAAAUUGGACCUGAGUGCGUAUCCACGUCUGUUAUUGGCAUUGUAUUUCCAAAUAUCAGUAGCUGUAAUAGGUCGGGCCACUGUCUUUUCGAGGUGUGAAUAUAUUAUGCUGCCGAUGUGACGACGGCAAUGCGGCGAUGACGGCAACCAGCAGCGUCACCUGAGUGGCCGGCCGGUUAUGCUCGGGUCGGCGUACCCGGAUGUCGUUUAAAUGGACGGCGUCAACGUCACGGCCGCAGUGUACGAGCACAACGAGACAGUGGUGUCGUGGCCGAAGAACGCGACGACCGCCGCCGGGCCGUCAUCAACGUACACGGCGCUGGAAGCGUUCACCAUCGGCUCCGUGCUGUUCCUGGUCAUCGUGGUGACGAUCGUCGGCAACGUGCUCGUCUGCAUCGCCGUGUGUCUGGUCCGCAAGCUUCGGCGCCCGUGUAACUAUCUGCUCGUGUCGCUGGCCGUUUCCGACCUGUGCGUGGCCCUGCUCGUCAUGCCCAUGGCCCUGCUCUACCUGGUCCUUGGAAAAUGGCCGUUCGGCACGUUCAUGUGCGACCUCUGGGUGUCAUUCGACGUACUGUCUUGCACCGCGUCCAUAUUGAACCUGUGCAUGAUCAGCGUGGACAGGUACUACGCCAUCACCAAGCCGCUGGAAUACGGCGUGAAGCGGACCCCUCGCCGGAUGCUGGUAUGUGUGUCGCUAGUGUGGCUAGGCGCAGCGUGUAUUAGCCUGCCGCCGGUGCUCAUACUGGGCAAUGAGCACUCGACGGUGGACGGGGUACCACACUGCACCGUGUGCCAGAACUUCGGUUACCAGAUAUACGCGACGCUGGGGUCGUUCUACAUACCACUGACCGUCAUGAUCACGGUGUACUACAAGAUCUUCCGGGCCGCCCGCAAGAUCGUGCUGGAGGAACGGCGGGCGCAGAGCCACCUGGAGAACAGCCACUGUUACUUGGAGAUUAGCGUCAAGAACGGCGUUGGCCCGGUCGAGUCGAAAAUCGCCGCCGCCGCGCCGGAACGUGGCCAACACGGUCACCGGGCCAGCAGCAGCGCCAGCACCGUCACCACGUGUAGUGGUACGAUAGGGAGCGGUGCACGUGGCGGCGACGGGUGCCGAUGCUGUUCAAUGGUACGCCGGUCGGUGGGCGAGUACCAGUGCCCAGUGCUGAUGGUGGUACCCAGCAACGGCCACAAUGCAGGACGUCCGGCGGCGGCCACCAAGAAGCCCGAGUCUGGCGGAAAGAAGCUCAGGUUCCAGCUGGCCAAGGAGCGGAAGGCGUCCACCACGCUGGGCAUCAUUAUGAGCGCGUUCACCGUGUGCUGGUUGCCGUUCUUCGUGCUGGCGCUGGUCAGGCCGUUCCUCAGCGACCCGUCCAGCAUACCCAGCUCGCUGAGCAGCCUGUUCCUGUGGCUGGGCUACGCAAACUCGCUACUGAACCCCGUAAUCUACGCCACGCUGAACCGAGACUUCCGGAGGCCGUUCCAGCAAAUACUGUACUUCAAGUGUGGCUCGCUAAACCACAUGAUGCGCGAGGAAUUUUACCAUUCGCAGUACGGCGACCCUGAGCCACAGCACUCCACGCACUAUUGCGUGAUACCCGGAGAGCCCAGCAUAGUGCCGCACCACCCGUCCCCGACCAAGCCGGAAGACACGCGGACCACGGAUUCCAAUCAACAGACCCUGGCGUCCGAGUCGUUUCUCUAGUAGUGACUCGAUUAUUAUUAUCACGACGAUAACGUUGAAUUUACGAUAUUCGUUCGACACGGUGGUACACGCCCAGAGUACAGCGGUACAGUUGCGCCGGCGGGUGGCGGCCGGUAGUCGAUAAUAAUAAUAAUAAUAUUAUAUUGUACGAUAAUAAUUGCAGUAUGCUGCGAGAUGAGACUAUACUAUACUAUAUGUCUGCCGGUUUUAUUUCGUUAUAUUAUUAUCCUCUUCGAUUCUGUUUACGCCGAACGGAGUAAAAAAAAAAAAAAAAAAAAUUUGUUAAACGAUUCCGAAUGUCAAAAACUGCAAAAAUGGUAUAACAUAUUUAAAAUUCAUUGUAACAUAAACAUUAUACAUAAUAAUUUAUAUAGGUA